UAUUGAUUAGCAAAAACUUGACGUUUCAGUUUAAUGUUAUUGCAAAUCGCAAAAAACCUAUCUGCGCAAGUUCUCAUGCGCAAUGAAGACUUGGUCCGUGUCUCCUGGUCGAUUGCGGUGUUCCAUUUAGUUUUUCAGCUGACUACGCUUCCCACAGCCGCUUACCAGACGUCUCGCGCGUGUCAUGUCUGUUUGUGCCGCGGCGUAUUAAGACUAGAGUGCUUGUGUCCGUGUAGUUGACUAGCUAGUGCCAGUGAAAAUGUUUUCAGGGCUCACAAAUCAGGUUUCUUCGUGGAUGGGAGCGGCCAAGGGCGAGCCCCAAGAUGAAGAGGUACCCACCCCGACCAAGGACGCCACUGGAGAGCAGGCUGAAGGCGAAAAACAAAGCCCUACCAAGGGAGGCAGCAAGUUGGACCUGAUCACCAAUGUCAAGUCACAGAUGACUGGCUGGCUUGGAUCCGGUAUACCCAUACCUGGUUUAAGAAAAAAUGAAGCCCCGCCCACAGAGGCAACUGAGGCUGCUCCGGAGGCAGCUGAGGCAGUGGAAGCCAAGCCUGAGGGGAAAGAUGAUGAUGAUAACUCCAGGUAUAAUAGCGCUACCGGUGGAGCGGAUAGUAGACCGGCGUCUACUGGCGGUACUCCUACCGAGGAACAACCGGCUGGUGUUGGUAAUGUUUCAGGUGCAGGAAAUAAAAAAUUGUUCUCAGUUGAUGCUAUAGAAGUCCCCGAUAUGCAAGAGUUGACAACCAAGGCUGUCGCCGGGGCGAAGUCUCUGGGCAACUUCCUGUACUCGGCCGUCAACAAGGCCGGUGCCAAAGUCAGCGAGGCUGGUGCCAAGAUCAAGAAGACGGUGGAAGAGAACAGCAUCUUGGGCGAGUUCAACCGCGAACAGGACGCUUUCAUCAAGGGGCAGGAGGGUCGCGGCAGCGGUGCAGCCGUGCCCCCCUGGGUCGGUGCUCCCAAUGAGGCCGCGCUCAAGGAGGAGUGCCUCUCGCUCUCCACUGACCGGCGUAACUUCGUGCGCGCGCCGCCCGCUGGCGUAGACUUCGACUUUGAUUACGACAAGAUGUAUCCGGUGGCCGUCGCCCUCAUGGCCGAGGAUCCCAACCUCGAGAAGAUGCGCUUCGAUCUCGUACCCAAAGUCAUCACGGAGGAGAACUUCUGGCGGAACUACUUCUACCGCCUGUCGCUGAUCUGCCAGGCCAACGAGGCUGACGCCGCGGCCGGCCGCCAGCCCAGCGCUGACGACUCUCAAGCUUAAGCUGGAGCCGGAGUUGUGAGGGGCAUCCCCGAUACAUCUUAAUAUUGACGAUUCAUUACAAUAUCCAAUAGCUUCGCGAAUUCUAUUCAAAUGUUGUACUCGAUGAGCUCUACUUUCUUUUGGAUAUAGUAUAAAAUCGUCAAGCGAUGCUUCUGUAAGCCUCAAUGUUUGAAGCUCACUAUAAUACAUGUUUCUUGAUAGAAUAAUGCAAUGUUCUACAAACUUAUUUUUAAUUUCCUUAUAAAAAAAAUGUAUUUUAUUCUUCGUGUAACAUUUAGUUUUAAUUACCGGUUAUUUUCGUUAUCAUUUCAUUGUUCUAUCAGAUUUAAAUAAAAUGUUGUAUGUACACGUUCCAUAUAUAUAUUGUUUCUAAUAUAUAAGAUAUAAAACUGUUUCUACUAUAUGUUUCUAGAUUCGAGAUGUAUGUGUACUCAUAUCUUCAUCCUUGUUAUAUCGUGUGUUUGAGGAAUGUUAUGACAAUAGCUUGUCACAUAUACAAUGUCACACGUAGCCCGUCUUUAUAUAAGACAUUUUACUAAGAUUCUCUUUAACGUGUCUAUUGGAUGGAAAUUUAUAAAACGUACUCAAAUUUACGAUGUUUUGACGUAGAAAUAUUGUCUUAAGUGAUUACUAUUCAUUAAAAUGAAAUUAUUUUUAAACUUAAUCAAUAUUUUUCUUAAUAUUU